GCCGAGCCUCGCAAGGCGGACGUUGUUCUACGCCUUCGGCUGCUUCAUGUGUGGGCUCCGAAAGCGCCGGGCAUGUCAGGGUCUACAACUGCUGAACUCUGUUGGUAGAUGAGACUGUGGGAAACCAACUCAGACCACUAUUUGUUUCCUGUUCGUAUGCUGCGGCGUUUGAUUGUUGUUCUUUGACCUAUGUUCUGUCUUUUUCCUAGGGAAUGCUGAUUCACGGCCUUUCACCACCUUCGAUGACCUCUCGGAUCAAACGAUCCUUGCGCUUCGGGGGGAUAUACGUUAUCAAGUCUUUUGGUCUCACCAACCCGCCGAAUCUGUAUCGUGCGUGUUCUUUUGAUCUGGCCCUAUGUGUUACUCCGGUGACUUCGUUUCAGGAGUGCCUGUACUUGCGUGCUGGCGAGCACCGCUUUCUCACAGAUGUAGUUGGCCGCCUCCAUUCCAUAAGCGGUAUAUCGCACAAGGAUACAAAGCAUGGUCCCACGGUUAAGCAAACUGUUGUCCUGGAGGAUGAAAGUGGCAAGACGGCUACAAUAACUUUGUGGGAUGAUUUCUCGGGGAUUCUCGAUCAUGUUGCUUUGACUCAUGCAGAUGCAAUAGAAGCUGUUGUCUUGGCAUUUGGAGGUCUGCUGGUUAAUCGAUUGGGUGGUGAGUGUGCUUUACUUUCAUAUUCUGAUCCAAUGUUGUUUGUUCUUCUGGGGCUUAUUACUUACUGUGUGUGUCCAUUAUCUUAUGUGCUGUCGAGCUCGGCGGCUACCAGGGCGGCUGUCAACCCUCCCGUGCCAAUGGCCUACCAUCUUGCAUCCAGGUUUGCUGACGUCCGAAAAUUCGUUGGCUCUCUACCUGUUGAGUUUGCAAUGGCUGGUGAUGCUGCAGCAGAUGGAGACAGACCGACUAAUAAUCUUCAUCAACUGUUGCUUUGCUCAAGGGAUGCUUUGAGGCGCCGCGACAACACAUUUUGUUGUUCCGAGGAUUGGCAGCUUCAGGAGGAUCAGAUGUGUGUUUGCUAUAAGAUCCAGCUCACCCUCAGGGAUGCAACCUCCGAAGCUCGGUUCAUUCUCAUGGGUGGUUGUGGCCAUGCAUUGGUGAACGUUUCAGCCGGGUACUUGGCCUAGAGAUUCCCCUAUCGACUAGGCCAGCUUCCCCCUCAGCUUAACCAGCUGCGUGGAUAGUAUGUUAUGUUCGAUUGCAAGCUUCCACUGCCUGGCCCGAAUGGCUUUCCUCUGUGUAGUUCCGUGUAACCCAGGUUGUGACCCUUGGUGAUGAUGUUGUUCUAGCUGACGUGCUCGUAGACAAUCCCCAACCUGCACUUCCACCACCUAUGAAUUUAGCACUGCCAGGGAUCCCCUCUGCUCAGCCAAUUGUUCCGACAUCUUUUGUUGCACAGUCUGUUCCAGGUCCAUCAAGGUUUGUUUUAUGCCAUUACCUAUUGUUAUUGUUUUGCAGUUGAACACCAUGUUGACUGCUGUUGGAACUGUGUUCUAGAUUAACUGCUGCUGCAAAGGGUAAGGCGAAGGUGGGGGAACCUCUUCUUUACGAGGGCGCAAAGAGAGAGUUUCGCAUUGGCGACCAGCUUGAGGCCCUUGUCAAGUUGUUUUUGUCUCCUGUUUUUAGGGCCCUAUUUUUCAUUAAAUCCCCUGUUUGCUAUACAUUGAUUCAUCUAUAAUUAUUUACUGCAGUUUGUUGCCAGCUGGUGUACAAAAUAGUCCUCUCUUGACUACUGAGACUCAUGUUCUGCCUUUUGUGCUUCAUGCUAAUUUGGUUGCGGGAUCACACCGCAUAGGGGGAAUUGGUUGUUCCUUUCGAAAAGAAUCUGUUGUUGAUGUGUCGAAUGCUGCUCUGAACCAAUUUGAAGCCUCAGUCACCCCAAGAAAGUCGAUAAUGGUGGAUGAGGCUCUGUCUACAGAGGAUGUCCAGCCUGAUUCUCAUGUUGGUGGUGUGAAGAUCACGAAAAAGAGUUUGGAUUCCUCUCAUACGCCAUCGACUGUAAGUUAAAUUCAUAUGAGUCUUGCUUUUCUUCUUGUGAAUUUUGUCCAUUUUCUGAGUUUUUCUUUCUCUGUCAAUUUUGACAGGUUGUUGUCCCCAUUGGCUAAGAUAAAAGUUGUGAAGUUGAGUGCAUCUGAUCUUGCAUCCCCAUAGAGUGCUGGAUCAGGAGUUCAUUUACACAUUGGAAGUGAAUCGAGCUCGCUUGGUGACAAGAAGGAACCGUCUGCCAAGCGCAGCUUAUUCCAGGAAUGAGUGACAUGGUGAGGUUCAUUUAGGGUUUUGUAAUCUUUUUAGUCAUUGCCUGUCAUGGUUGCUGCAUGGUUUACUGUUGUUCGGUUUUGGAUGAGCUGUGUUUCUCACUGUGUAUUUUUUGUUUUGUUAUUCUGCAUUGUAGGGGUUUGGAGGCAGUUCUUCGCUGGCAGUGGGGCUUAUUUUGUUGGGCAUUGUUGGGUUUGUAUGAAGUCUUCUGGAUGUUGACAAGGAGUGCUUUUGGUUGGUCUGGUGAUUGUUCGCAGGGAGUGCUUCUAGAUUAAGUUGGCGUUGCAAGUUGCUCUUCAGUUGUGCAGUGGUCUCAGUGGUUGUUGGCCAGUCCCUCUUUUGAAUUUGUCAAUGUCUAUGUCCCCAUGAAUUUGUCCCAUAUCUUCCUGUGGGUUUAAACAAUACCACUUCAACUUCUCUUAAGUUCCAAGUAGAUUCUACUUCUGUGUUGCUGUGCCUUUGUUUUGAUGUGAAUGGGUUGUAAGCGAAGUUCUGCCUUUAUGUAGAUUAUGUCUGUUAGGUUGGUGUUCGUCAUGUAGUUUUCAACUCUAAUAUAAGAAUCGCUUCCGUUUCAGACUUAUGGUGUUUUUAGAAUAUAUUAUCUGUUGAUUGAUCUUGCAAGUACAUGGCUGCUUUCAGUGUGUGGAUUCUCUGAUGGCUGUGCCUUCUUUGCUGAGUUUGAGUUUUUAAUGCUAGCAAGUGCUUGCUGGAUCGUCUUAUGAUGCGUGAAAUAUACACGUUGUGGCACAAACCAUUUUCAAGAACAAGAUGGAGAAGUGCUUGCGCUAAUGUUUUCAUGGGAACGAUGGAAACUGCAGCUGGGUCACCAAAAUAUACGUUUGGAUUGUUUUUUUUAGAUGGAAAUCUAAAAUUUCAUUAAGCUCAGGCUAAACACGCCUCUCAAAAACUGUCAAAUACAAAAAAGCUGUAUAGCUUCUAUAACCAUAAGUAAGUAAACUUUUAACUAUCUACAGCAUCAAUGAAGUCAAGAAUUUUCUGGCAUUCCGAAUCUCCAUUCACCCUACAUGUAACCUCUCCACGCACAACACUACACAUCUCCAAUGGUGAUCGAGCAAACCUAUCUCCAUACAAGCGUGAGCAUCGUUCAUGCCAUACCCAGCUAAGCACAUCACACCAAAUCAGCCUACACACUUUCGAUUUAGCAGAGUUUCCACCACCCCAAUUCUGCACACACCAAUCAACCAUCUGAUCCCACUGCACAAAAGGAGGCGGAGCAUACAAUCUUAAACACUUCUUCAGCACAAAAUCUGUAUACGAACAUUGAUACGUUGGAUUGUUGUUCCCUACUAAAUGCAUGCUGAAAUUGGAAUUGAAGUAUCAAAUAAAACAUGUGCUAUGUCCUGCUGCCAUUAAAUGCAUGGUGAUGAUUAAGAAUGAUUAUUUUUUUUAUUCUCCAUAAAGCAGGAAGUUUUGCUUCAGUGGUUUGCCAGCAUGUGCUUUGGGGAAAUAGCUAUUUAAUGCGAUUUGCUUCCUCUGCCGUUUAUAAGAGACUUUGUUGUUGUACUUAUCUGACUAAAUCCUGCCCAAGUUGCAAUUUAGUUCAAACUAAUAUUUUAGAAUUGGAUUCCAACAGAUCACCAACGCACUUCCUCUCUUCCACACCAUCGCCUCCUUCACAGCCCAGUUUUCAACCAAACUCUGAAAAGGAUUCGCUAUUAUUCCCCACUGUGUUGCCAUCUCUAGCAAGGAGAGGUUCGCUUAUGCAUUCUCAGCUUCUCUAGCAUAUCGAGGUGAGCCAUGCUACUGUAUUAACUCAGCAGGUUUGUUGAUCCAGAUAGCUUGGCCAUUAACUGCCUCCCUCCAAUGAAUGUGUUUUUCAUUUAAUUCUGCAGCAGCAAUAAUUCUGAUGGUUUCUUUUUCAGUCUUUGCCAUUUAAUUUGCUUCUCUUUGUUCCCACCAAGGAAACAUCCUGGCAGCAGUAAAUGCUCAUGUAUUUGCUUCUCUUCUUUGUGUUUUUUUCCCAGCAAUGCCUCCACGCAAAAGGAAACAACGGAGUUAAUCGUUGAAGUUUGGUUCCAGAGCAAGUUAAUCGUUAAUCAGGCGGAGAAGUUCGGUUCCAGAGCAAGUUUUCCCACAACAAACGCCCCCCUGAAUCACUGUAUGAGUAUGAUCAACCAGGUGUUUCUAAUUGCCUAACACGCACGCCACCUAAAUUGCCCUUCCAAGGUUCAGGUGGUGGACCUGCCUUCAUCAAUCGUGCUCAACCACCACGGGAUCCAUAUUUAGAUCUUCCCAUUGAACAAGUUGUUGUUUCUGGCCCAACAAAUGGUAGUAGACAUG